CAUUGAAAUGGGUCUCCUGUUGUCAAACAUUGCAGAGUGCAAGGCCAUCUCUUUUCGUCAGCAGCAUCACACGUCACCUCCCGUUGCCCUGUAGAAAUUCUAGAGGAGAAUUAGCGUGAGUCAAAAAGUAGCCUUUGGGUGCAUCCUCCAGUGUGCGUGCAAAGAAAGCCAUGGAACUGCCCUGUGUGCUGUUGGCGUUUGUCAUCUACUCCCAAGUUCAAACAACGGGUGCACUGACAACAUGCGGAAGCAGCCAGUUCCCAUGUGAGAAUGGGAGAUGCAUCACCGUCAGGUGGGUGUGCGAUGGCACAGAUGACUGCGGAGAUGGCACGGACGAGCUUCCUAAUAAUUGCUCGGCCAAAACAUGUCGACCAACAGACUUCAGUUGCAGCGACCGUUUGCACCAGUGCAUACCAAACACUUGGCGCUGUGAUGGCAAAGCAGACUGUGAGAACGGAGCUGAUGAAGAGCGCUGCGAACCCAAAAACUGCACGGACACAGAAUUCCGCUGCGCAAACGGCCAGUGUGUGUCCAGCUCCUUUGUCUGCGACAAGGAAGACGACUGCGGCGACGGCAGCGACGAGGCCUCUUGUCCGCCGGUGACGUGCAGCGGCGCUUCUUUUCAGUGCAAUAACAGCGUUUGCCUUCCACGUGCGUGGGCCUGCGACGGGGACGCCGACUGCCCGGACGGCUCGGACGAGUGGCCCCAGAACUGCGGUACGGCGGCGCCGACCUCUUCUCCAACUCACCGCUGCUCUUCCAUGGAAUUUCGCUGCGACAGUGGGAAGUGCAUUCACAAGAACUGGAGGUGUGACGGAGAAGCCGACUGCCUCGAUCGAUCUGAUGAAGCCGACUGUGUCCGUCCCACCUGCCGUCCGGACGAAUUUCAAUGUGACGAUGGCGCUUGCAUUCACGGAAGCCACCAAUGCAACCACCGGUAUGACUGCAGGGACAUGAGCGAUGAACGGGGCUGUGUCAACGCAACCGAGUGUGACGACGCGACUCGAUUUAAGUGUGGCAGCGGGGAGUGUAUCAGCAUGGAUAAGGUCUGCGACAAGGAGCGACACUGCAGGGAUUGGUCGGAUGAGCCUCUGAGGGAAUGCGGCCUCAACGAAUGUCUCGUCAACAAUGGCGGCUGCUCUCAUGUCUGCAACAACCUUAAAAUUGGUUUUGAGUGCCUUUGUCCCGUUGGAUAUCAACUGGCCAACAACAAGAAGCAAUGUGAAGAUAUUGAUGAGUGUGCCGACCCAGACACCUGCAGCCAAAUCUGCGUCAACCAGAUGGGCAGUUACAAAUGCGAGUGUGAAGACGGUUACCAAGUGGACCCGUCAACCAAAGCCUGCAAGGCCAUUGGUACGAUUGCCUACCUUCUCUUCACCAAUCACCAUGAGGUCAGAAAAAUGACCUUGGACAAAAGUGAGUACGUCCAGGUCCUUCCUCGUCUAAAGAAGGUUGUGGCUCUGGAUAUGAACAUGGCCACCGAAGAAAUCUACUGGUCAGAUAUCUCCGAAAAGAAGAUCUACAGAACACAAAUGGAUUCAGCGCAGGACUCUACUCAUCACACAGUCAUGGUUUCUCACGACGUUGAUGCGCCUGAGGGCAUUGCCUUUGACUGGAUCCAUCGCAACCUGUAUUGGACCGAUAGCAUUCGCAGAACCGUCUCUGUGGUCACCGCUGAAGGUGAACGUCGUAAGACUCUCUUUUCCCAAGGCUUAUCCAAACCCAGAGCAAUCGUGGUGGACCCCUACAGCAACUUUGUUUACUGGACUGACUGGGGCAAUCCUGCUAAAAUUGAAAAGGGCGGUCUGAAUGGAGGUGACCGCUUCGCUCUGGUUACUGACAGCAUCGUGUGGCCCAACGGAGUGACGCUCGACCUGUUGAACCAGCGGCUCUACUGGGUAGACUCCAAGUUACACACCCUCUCCAGUAUCGACGUGCAGGGUGGGGGGCGGCACACCCUCAUUAUGGAUGAACACAAGCUCAGCCACCCGUUGGCACUCACCGUCUUUGAGGAAAGAGUGUUCUGGACAGACGUCGGUAACAAUGCCAUCUUCAGUGCUAAUAGAUUGACUGGCCAAGACAUCGUUCCAGUGGCUGAGCACCUUUCAUCUCCAGAAGACGUUAUUCUCUACCAUAACCUGAAGCAGCCCGCUGGGAUUGACUGGUGUCAGGUGCAUCAUAGUGGCUGUGAAUUCAUGUGCCUCGGAGCACCACAAGUGGGCAGACAUCCCCCAAAAUAUACAUGUGUCUGUCCUGAUAACAUGACGCUCGCAAGCAAUAUGAGGAGAUGUGUAGCAGUGGCGUCGACACCUGCGGCUCCCGCGCCUCCUCGGAUUCCGACCACCGGCCAGCCGGCACUGGCCACGGCCCCACCCGAGUCCCACACCUCCAUCGCUCCCAUCACAAGCACAAGACGCGUGAUCAAGCCAGUGACCAGCACCACGAGACCUCUGGUCAGAACCACCACGCGUGAAUUUCGGAGGACUUCACCACAGCCGGCGAAACCAAAAGCCAACCGGACCACCACACAAACUCCGGUCACGUCUCCAGACACUCACCACGAGUUUGCUGCGGUGCGACCUACGACCUCUUCCAGCAGCCCAACUGCUUUGCACAUUGUCCUCCCUGUGGCGAUCGUUUGUAUUCUGGCUUUCGCUGGCGUACUGCUAUGGAAAAACUACAAGCUGAAGAGCACCAACACAAUCCACUUUGACAACCCUGUCUAUCAAAAAACCACAGAGGACCAAGUGCACAUUUGGAGGAACCACGACUCUGAUGGCUAUUCCUAUCCAAAAGUAAAAACAGGUGGUGAGCCUUGAUGAAGAGGCGGACAACCCAGCCUUCAAAGAAAGCUAGCUUAACCUCGCAUGUCGUACGUCAAAGAGGCACGAUCGCAAAACGAUAUCCACAGCAACAAAAUCUCGAGGAAAUUCACGUUGGAGUCGAUCAAUAGCGUUGCUAAGCAACGGAGGGGAAUCCCGCACUGUACAUUUUGUUCAUCAGCAAGGUCGCGGCGGCAGUUAGCUACCCACGGUUCGUCGUAACCAAGGCCUUUUCACUAUUUUGUGGGAAAAAUCUGGUCGUUAUCAUAAAGUUUGCCUUCUAAGGUGUUGCUUGUAAGCGGCCAAUGGAAAACGAAUGAUGUGAUAUCAGGACUUUGAAAUGUGAACGUUAUAGGGGUAAAAACAUUGUCAACGGGGUGCGUUGAAAAGAGGUUCGGCUGUACGUCAGAUUCAAAUGUUUUUAGUACAGCAUAUGCUUCUUUAACAACGCUAUU